UCUUCACCUGAUUAAAAAAAAAAAAAUCAGAAACCCAGAAAGAAAAAAAACAGAGCAGAGGAAGAAACACAGAUGGAGAUGCAAGAACAGGGAAUCUAAAGUUUGAUGAAUCGUGUCGCCUCCUGAGAGCAUAUAUAUAUACACAACACAUAUAUAUUUGUUCUGGGCAGAGAAACACAAAGGAGAGAAAGAAAGAGAUGUCUGCCAAGCUUCUAUACAACCUGUCUGAUGAGAACCCUAAUAAUCUGCACAAGCAAAAUGGAUGCAUGAACGGAAUAUUCCAGGUGUUUUACCGGCAACAUUAUCCGGCGAGACGGGUCCUCGGCCAUUACCACAAGACCCUGUCUCCUCCAGGUGAAACCAGUUUGGCCAAUGAUAAUGAGAAGGACAAGACUAUGGAGAAGAAGGCAACAAAGGAGAAGCAACGGGUCUCCACUGAAUCGUCAUCAAGGCCCUCGUUUUCAUCUUCACCACGCUCGUCCAGCUUCUCAUCUGCAGAUGUCAGCAUGGCUUCUCAGUUUGAAUCCCCGCCUAUGACUCAGACUGACAACAGUGCGAAUUCCAUCAGAGAAGCACCCAAUAGAUCGCCUUGGCGGGGCAGUCUCACGCAAUGUGACCUUAGGGAACUGGUGAAAGGCUUCAUCCACAGAGAUACAAAAGCCAAAGAUGAAGUAGCCAUGGCUUGUGUGUCUCUUCUCAAAGAUCUGCCAUCUCAGAGUUCCAGCGAAUGGAACGAAGGCCGACGAGUAGCUCACCUCAAGGGUAGUCCUCGGCUCUCUUAUGAUGAGAGGGACUCGAGGAACAAUGGGUACAAGACCGCCACAAAACCGAGGGAGCUUCCGAGGUUGUCAUUAGACAGUAGAACAAACUCCUUCAGAAGUUCUAGAGCCGAUGCACGAUCCAAUUCCCCACUGGAAGAUGGGAACGGACAAGAGCCUGCAACUCACAGGAGAACGACAUCGAGUGUUGUUGCCAAGCUGAUGGGUUUGGAAGUUCUUCCUUAUACUACAACAAGUGAGCAUGAUUGCUUGUCAGGACCGCCGGUUAAGGCUGAUAACAACAGUCAGAACCUCUUUUGCGACUCUUCCAGGCCUUUCCACGGGGAAGCAGCACGACAAAGAUCAAGAGGUGCAGAUUCGAUCAAGAAGAUGACUCCUGCUUCCAAAUUUCCUAUUGAGCCAGCUCCACGGAAGCAGGAAGAUGACAUCAAAGGUCAAAAUCCAUCUCAUAAAACCCAAGCCAAAGCAGCUGACUCUGCGCUGACUGUGUACGCGGAAAUCCAGAAGAGGCUGAUGCAGCUCGAGUUCAAAACGUCUGGAAAAGAUCUCAGAGCUCUUAGACAAAUACUUGAAGCAAUGGAGAAUACGCAGCAAUUGAUCAAUAGCAGAAAAGACGACACUCUGAAUUCGACCACGCUGGCACGCAAUAGAUCCACUCCUGUCCAAAGAACUCAGAAGCCAACACCAGCUGUUACAGUAGCAACAACCCCAUCAAGGAACUUCAGGUCUUCGAUUGUUGUAAUGAAACCUGCUCAAGUUCUUCAAGAGUCAAAAAAUGUUGCCUUAUCAAAUCUCCAGAAUGGCAACUCCAGACAAAUCCGAAAGGGCAUGCAAGGAAAGCAAAUGGCCAUGGAUCUAACACCCAGGCCGGGGCUCUACAAGGGUCAACUUGAUUCCACAGUGAAGAACACUAGCGGGGGGACAUUACGACUAAUGCGAACUUCAGCAGAGUCUUGUUCUUCGAAAAGUGACAUGGCCAAGUCGGGCAGGAGCGAACAUAGCGUUGGCCCGAGACUGCAACAAAAGAAACUCGGAUUUGAAUGGCAGCCCCAGCCCACAACUCCCACACCCGAGGCAAGCAAGACCCAAAGGCCGCUCAGUAGGCAGCAGACCCCGAGAAGAAAACAAGGAACAAAGACUUGUAAUCUGCCGCAAUCUGAUGACCGGAUGAGUGAUGCAAGCAGUGACCUGAGAAGUCUGAGUCACCAAAGUGAAGCAAAAUCACUAAGAUCUGACAGCAACAUAAGUUCAGUUGCAAAUGCUUGCAUUGAGGUUACAAACAGAUACAGGUUCGAGAGGCCCUGUGACAACCCCGAGCAGCAAACCCCAAAACAAAGGAGCCCAGAGUUGGGAUUUAAGCAAGAGAGGCCCAUGCUAAAACCUGUGAAAGUUACGUUGGAGCAGCCGAGCCCAGUUUCAGUUCUCGAUGCAGCCUUCUAUGAAGAUGAAUCACCAUCCCCUGUCAGGAAGAUAUCCACUGUCUUUAAAGAGGAUGAUGUUCUAAGUGCUGAAGAAGCCGAAUGGAUAAAGGAGGAUACGAGUCAGACACCUACUGGCUUCAGAAGACCCAUCGUGUUGCCUGACUUUGUUGAAGGCUUCAUGGAUGAAGUUGCAUUCACCUGUGACAUAAAAAACGCUGACCACAAAUACAUCUCAGAGAUAUUGUUAUCAUCAGGGCUUCUGAGAGAUCUAGAAUACAGCAUGAUAAGCAUUCAGUUGCACCAAUCACGCCUUCCAAUCAACCCCAGCCUAUUCUUCGUCCUGGAACAAAAUCAGGCAAGUGAUUUCAUUUUACAAGACAGGCAGAGAGGUAAAAGGAUUGGCCAGGUGAACCGUACUGAGAAAAUCAGAAGGAAACUCUUGUUUGACACCAUCAAUGAAAUUCUAGCCCAAAGAUUUGUAGCAGAAGGCUGUAUCAAGCCACACAUAAAAUCAAGCCCACUUACAGAGAAAAGAUCAAGAGGGAAGUACCUUCUGCGAUCUCUGUGUUCAGAGAUUGAUCGGUUGCAAGCUAACAACUCAAAGUGUAGCUUGGAUGAUGAUGAAGAAGAUAUCAUAUGGGAAGACCUGCAAAAUCAAGGAAUGAGCUGGAGAGAUUUUGAAGGAGAAACUCCGGCGAUAGUUUUAGACAUUGAGAGAAUGAUGUUCAAGGAUAUGAUUAAUGAAGUUGUGACGAGUGAGAUAACAGCAGUUCGAGGAAGGUUUAGCAGACAACCCAGGCAAUUGUUCUCAUGAUAGGUUUUCUUACCUGUUUCAGAAUAGCAUACUACUAAGAUGUUUUCUUUCCCCUGAAGAUAGUGCAGAGAGAUAAGUGAAGCAUAUCAACUCUAAAGUUUAUUUCCAAGUUGAUACUAAUCACUAAUGUGUAGGCAGAUUGCUUCUUUCUACCUCAUGUAAAUCUGCUGUCGAACCUUACUAAGGUAUGUGUAUAACGGCAAUCAA